AUGACGGACUCGGCUACGGCAGCUACGAACGCCGCGACAGGCUUCUCUUUAAAGCCUCCUCAGCCAUUUACGUUUGAUCAAGCCUCCGAGUGGCCUGCAUGGAUCCUCGAGUUCGACGACUACCGCUUUGCAUCGGGUCUCGUCCAUCAAGAGCGUGAAAUGCAGGUACGAACUCUGCUCUACGUAAUGGGUCGCCAAGCGAGACAAAUUUUCAACACGUUCUCGCUCUCCACGGAAGACAGCAAAAACUUUGACCUUGUCAAGGCGAAGUUUGACUCGCACUUCGUCCAAGCGAGAAACGUCGUGUACGAGUCAGCGUGCUUCAAUCGGCGGGAACAAGAGCCCUCCGAGACCGUCGACCAAUACGUCACCGCCCUAUACAACAUGGCAGACAGGUGCGACUACGGUGACUUGCGGGAUCGCCUCAUCCGCGACCGCUUCGUACUGGGACUCCGCGACAAGAAGCUCUGCGAAGCCCUACAGAUGGACGCUAACCUCACACUCGCCAUGGCGCUCGCUAAGGCACGCCAAAAGGAGUCCGUGCACAAGCAGCAGCAGCAGCUCCUUCAGGCCUCCGGGGAACCGUCCUCUUUCAAGUCAGAGUACACCGGUCUCGACGCCGUCUCCCACAAUCACCGCGGCAAAGGCAAGAACCUACCGCGACCGCAUAACAACGCCACGAAAUCAAACAUUCAAUCGUGCGGCUACUGCGGUGGAGCGCCUCAUUCUCGUUCUCUGUGCCCAGCAAAGACUGAGAAGUGCUCGAAGUGCAACACAAGGGGACAUUUCGCUCGUGUUUGCAGAAAAGUUCCGUCAAGAGACAUCUCAACGCUCGAGCAAGGAACCUCAGCGAUGUUUCUUGGGGCGGUAAACCAACCAGCCGACGCUCAGCACGACUCAAGGCUUGUCGAAGUCGACCUGAACGGCUAUUCACUGAUCGCAAAGAUCGACACCGGUGCCCAAGUUUCUGUUGUCCCGGCUACGUUUGCUGGAAUUCCUGAACAUCUCCAGCCAGCAAGCGAAACCCUCUCAGGACCGAGCGGCAGGGCAAUUCAGGUCGUCGGGAAAUUUGACGCAACGAUCACGUGGAGGUCGCGAAGGUCGAACCAAGUCGUCUACGUUGUGCAGCAUCUGAAGCAUCCCCUCCUUGGAUUACCUGCCAUCGAAAGCUUGGGAUUAGUCAAGUUUCUGUGCGCCACGGAACGCGUUGAGGAACGAUAUCCUGAACUUUUCAACGGUCUGGGUCUGCUGCCGGGUGCGUACACAAUUCGCCUCAAUCCCGCGGCUGUGCCGUAUUCCGUUACCGUGGCAAGGCGCAUUCCUGUGCCCCUACGGAAAGCAGUCGAGCAGGAGAUCAUCAGCAUGCAACAACAAGGAGUGAUCCGCCCUGUAGAAGGCCCUACGGACUGGUGCGCCGGAAUUGUUCCGGUAGUGAAACCCUCAGGAGGUGUCCGAAUAUGCGUGGACUUCACCCGCCUCAACUCUUCAGUCCUCAGGGAAAGAUUUCCCCUCCCGUCAGUUGAACAGACGCUCGCUUUAUUAGGUGAGGCAACCGUUUUCUCAAGACUAGAUGCAAAUUCAGGCUUUCACCAAAUCCCUCUUUCCCCGGCAUGCCAAGAUCUGACAACAUUCAUUACGCCAGUUGGACGCUUUUGUUUCACGAGACUUCCAUUCGGCAUAACGUCAGCACCGGAGUAUUUCCAAAAACGCAUGUCCGAAAUCCUGAGUGGACUAACAGGAGUCGUCAAUCUCAUGGACGACAUUCUCGUCUUUGGCCGCGAUCAAGCCGAGCACGACGGAAACCUUGACACGACUCUCAAGAAGCUUGCUUCCUCUGGAAUCACCCUCAACCGCUCUAAAUGCGCUUUCAGCGUGAAGGAGGUGACCUUCCUAGGCUGUGUCAUCAGUAAAGGCAUACGUCCCGACCCUAAAAAAGUCGAGGCUAUCAAGUGUCUCCCGCCGCCUACAGACGUCGCCGGAGUCCGCCGGAUCUUAGGGAUGGUGAACCAUCUGGCAAGGUUCCUGCCAAAUUUGGCCGAAAGGACAGCCGCUCUCCGCGUUCUCCUCAAGAAAACGUCGGAGUGGACAUGGGGCCCCGCUCAGGAGAAAGACUUCCAAAACAUCAAGGACCUCAUCUGUUCGGACCAGUGUUUGGCAAAAUACCAUCCGGAAUAUCCUACUACACUCUCAGCAGACGCAUCAGCCUACGGAUUGGGCGCAGUACUGCUACAAGUGCAACCGGAUGGGAACAACCGCCCAGUCGCAUUCGCCUCAAGAUCCCUAACGCCCGCCGAAACGCGGUAUGCUCAGAUAGAAAAGGAAGCAUUGGCUCUAACCUGGGGAGCCGAAAGGUUCGAAGAAUACCUGCGUGGUCUCACGGCAACCUUUCAAACAGAUCAUCAACCUUUGAUCACCCUCCUGGGAAAAGAGUCUCUCGAUCUGCUGCCACCACGAAUGGUAUCCGACAACGGCCCGCAGUUCUCGAGCUCGGCAUUCGCAGAAUUCGCUAAAGCAUACGGCUUCAACCACACCACAAGCAGCCCUGUUCAUCCGCAGGCCAACGGGGAAGCGGAACGCGCCGUUCAAACAGUGAAACAUCUGCUCGAGAAAGCAGACGAUCCGUACCUCGCCCUACUGGCCUACAGAGACACGCCGGGGCCGACAGGCUUCAGCCCGGCUAAACUGCUCAUGGGACGCCAGCUACGCUCUCGAGUUCCUGCAUUUCCUGCCCUCCUAGUUCCCGGAAACGUCGACAACAAACAAGUGACGAAAAGGGACCUCGAAGCAAAACAACGCCAGAGGCGAAACUUCAACCGUCGUCAUGCGGCUAAGGACCUACCAGCUCUCUCUCCAAACACCCGUGUCUGGGUGCGAGACCUCAAAUGCGAGGGGGAGAUAACUCAACAAGCAGACACUCCCCGCUCCUACUGGGUCCAAACAGAGCGCGGACACGUGCGUCGCAACAGAAAGAUGCUCGUCCCAUUACCGGCCUCACAGAAGAAAGCGCAACCGCUUCCCUCCUCAUUAUUCUCCGACACUGACGACGAAGAUUUCGAGCCGUCGACAGUCGCGGGACCGCUAGCUGCCCUCUACAAUGGAGCUUCGUCCCAGCGAGGUGACCCGCUGCGAACCGACAGCAAUAAUUCACUGCCCAAGCCAGUCAACGAUGCUGCAGCAGAGACAUCGAGGGUUCCAGCAACAACCACCCGUUCCGGCCGCAGAGUGUUUGUGCCUGAACGUUACGGUGUAGUCACUUAA